CGCGCGCGCUUUCUCACUAAAGCGACGUGUAGGCUUUACUCGCGCGGGUAGUUAAAGAAGGGAGUUUUGGUUUCAGGGAUGCCGUAGUGGCACUGGGCAUGCGCGGCUUCUCACGGAGGGGCGGGGAAGCUGCGACUUGCCCCGGAAGGGGAAGAGGCGCGAAGAGAAGCAGCCGGUCUCGGUGGCGGCAGCGGCGCCUCUAAGAAAUAGGAUGGCGGCGGCAACAGCAGCGCCGCUACCACCGGCAGACGGUCCCGGGCCGGGCCCCGGAGACGAGCUGGUGCAGGACGUGAUUCCUUACCGGCGGCGGUCGAGGCUGCUGUGGGGGACGGUCCUGCCCUUCUGCGUGCUCUACCCGCUCUGGCUGUGGUUCUGGGGGCCCUGCGCCUUCGCCUGGGCUUGGGGGGGAACGGCCGGCACCGAGACACCCGAGGCCGCCCUCCUCUACCUGGCCGCCAUCGGAGCUCUUCACCUUCUCACGGCCUUGGCCGGCCUGUGGAGCGUCAACGUCCACUGCCUCCUCUACUGCUGUUGGGAGCGGAGUCCAAGGAAAGCUACAAUGGCUAAAGUUGUACCCACUCCUAAUAACGGUUCUGCAGAACUGGUGCCCCUUCAUCGAGACCAGGAUGAGAAUGGGCAGGAAGUCCUUUCUUUCGAAUUUCAGAAAAUCAAAUAUUUCUAUGAACCCAAUGAGAAGAAAAAAUUCCUUCCUGUGGCUUUCCCUGUGGAACACCCACUGCAGUAUUAUCAAAAUGCCCGAGGCUACCAGGAAGACAAAGAGAUAAAAACAGCGGAGAAAAAAUAUGGCAUGAACAAGGCAGAGAUGAUUGUGCCAGAAUUUCUCGAGCUUUUCAAAGAGAGAGCAACUGCCCCUUUCUUUGUCUUUCAGGUAUUCUGUGUGGGAUUAUGGUGCCUAGAUGAUUAUUGGUAUUACAGUGUUUUCACCCUUUCCAUGCUGGUGGCUUUUGAAGCUUCUCUCGUCCAGCAGCAAAUGAGAAACAUGUCAGAAAUCCGAAAAAUGGGCAACAAACCCUACAUGAUCCAGGUUUACAGAAACAGAAAGUGGCGGCCAGUUUCCAGCGAUGAGAUAAUUCCAGGGGACCUUGUGUCAGUCGGCCGCUCUCCUCAUGAAAACCUUGUGCCAUGUGAUGUGCUCCUGCUAAGGGGAAGGUGCAUCGUCGAUGAAGCCAUGUUGACUGGAGAAUCAGUGCCCCAGAUGAAGGAGCCCAUUGAGGAACUAGACCCUGAACACAUCCUGGACAUGCAGAUGGAUUCCAGGUUACAUGUCAUUUUUGGAGGAACAAAAGUUGUACAGCAUAUCCCACCACAGAAGGCCAGCACAGGCCUCAAACCUGUUGAUAAUGGAUGUGUGGCGUAUGUACUGAGGACAGGCUUUAAUACCUCUCAGGGGAAGCUUCUGCGUACAAUCCUAUUUGGUGUAAAGCGAGUGACAGCCAACAAUUUGGAGACCUUCAUCUUCAUUCUGUUUCUUCUCGUCUUUGCCAUUGCUGCUGCAGCAUAUGUGUGGAUUGAAGGUACCAAGGACCCAAGCCGGAACCGUUACAAACUUUUUCUAGAAUGCACUUUAAUCCUCACCUCGGUUGUCCCACCUGAACUCCCCAUUGAGCUCUCCCUGGCCGUCAACACCUCACUCAUCGCUCUUGCCAAAUUGUAUGUUUACUGCACAGAGCCAUUCCGCAUCCCGUUUGCAGGCAAAGUUCAGAUUUGCUGCUUUGACAAAACUGGCACACUCACCAGUGACAAUCUUGUGGUGAGGGGUGUGGCUGGACUCAGAGAUAGCAAAGAUGUGACCCCUGUGUCAGACAUUCCUAUUGAGACACACCGCGUCAUUGCCACAUGUCACUCCCUAAUGCAACUGGAUGAUGGCUCGCUGGUGGGCGACCCCUUAGAGAAAGCCAUGCUGACUGCCGUGGAAUGGACUGUGACCAAAGAUGAGAAAGUUUUCCCCCGAAGUAUUAAAACUCAGGGACUGAAAAUUCACCAGCGCUUUCAUUUUGCCAGUGCCCUGAAAAGAAUGUCGGUCUUGGCUUCCUACGAGAAGGUCGGCUCCACUGAUCUGUGUUACAUUGCCACUGUGAAGGGGGCCCCGGAGAUGCUGCACAGCAUGUUCUCUCAAUGUCCAAACAGCUACAACGCAAUCCAUACAGAGAUUUCACGUGAAGGAGCCAGGGUUCUGGCGCUUGGCUACAAGGAGUUGGGGCAUCUUACACAUCAACAGGCACGAGAGAUCAAGAGGGACGUCCUUGAAUGUGAUCUGCGGUUCGUGGGCUUCAUUGUGGUGUCUUGCCCUCUUAAAGUGGACUCGAAGCCAGUGAUCCGUGAGAUCUUGAAUGCCUCGCACCAUGUAGUGAUGAUAACAGGUGACAACCCACUGACGGCGUGCCAUGUGGCCCAAGAGCUGCACUUUACCCAAAAAGAGCAGACACUCAUUUUGCAGCCACCCAGCAGUAAAGGUUCCAGUUGGCAGUGGCAGUCCAUCAGCGGCGCCAUCACUUUCCCAAUCAUCCCACCUUCUCUGCCGGAGCUGACCCAAAACCACAACUUGUGUGUCACAGGAGAGGGUCUCUCUCAGUUGCAGGCUGUGGACUCACAGCUGUUGCUGAGGCUCAUUCCACACGUGCAAGUCUUCGCACGUGUUGCACCCAAGCAGAAGGAGUUUGUGAUCACAACUCUGAAGGGGCUUGGCUAUGUGACUCUGAUGUGUGGGGAUGGAACCAAUGAUGUAGGAGCUUUGAAACAUGCUGAUGUGGGAGUUGCUCUGCUAGCUAAUGCGCCUGAACGCCUCCCUGAGCGCAGGAAGCGCCCCCGUGAUGGACCUGCUGACGGAAAGCCCUCUCUGCCCUCCUCCAUGGCUGGGAGCAACAUGAGGCCCACUUCCCGGGCUGCCAAGCACAGGCUCAUGUCACACAGGGAGGAGCAGCUUGCCAUUCAGCGGGAGAGGAUUAGCCAGGUGCUCAGGGAGCUGGAGGAUGAACAAGUGCCCAUUGUGAAGCUGGGCGACGCCAGCAUUGCAGCUCCUUUCACCUCCAAGCUUUCCUCUAUACAGUGCAUCUGUCAUGUGAUCAAGCAAGGACGUUGCACCCUGGUCACCACACUCCAAAUGUUCAAGAUCUUAGCCCUGAAUGCACUUAUUCUGGCCUACAGUCAAAGCGUCCUUUACUUGGAAGGAGUAAAGUUCAGUGAUUUUCAAGCCACACUGCAGGGGUUGCUGCUGGCAGGCUGCUUCCUUUUCAUCUCCCGUUCCAAGCCUCUGAAGACCCUCUCCCGGGAGCGUCCACUCCCUAAUAUCUUCAACCUCUACACGGUCCUUACUGUGCUGUUGCAAUUCAUGGUUCACUUUGUCAGCUUGGUUUAUCUAUAUCGAGGUGCACAGGCCCGCAGUAACCCUAAGAAAGAUGAGUUUGUAGAUCUGUAUAAGGAAUUUGAACCAAGUCUGGUGAACAGCACUGUUUACAUCAUGUCUAUGGCUAUGCAGAUGGCCACCUUUGCCAUCAAUUAUAAGGGCCAUCCGUUUAUGGAAAGCUUGCGGGAGAACAAACCUUUACUGUGGAGCAUCAUUCUGUCAGGACUGGCUAUUGCUGCUCUUCUGGCUGGCUCUUCCCCAGAGUUCAAUGAACAGUUUGGACUAGUAGAAAUCCCAACAGAGUUUAAAAUAGUGAUCAUUCAAGUUUUGCUGGCCAACUUCUCUGUCGCUCUACUCAUAGACAGAGUCCUACAGUUCCUUCUGGGCAGCACAAAACUCAAAGUGCCUUCUUGAGACGGCUUCCCUCUUUUGGCUGAAGUGAAGGACAUCAUAAGGGAUCGGCCAUUCUACAGCACUGCAAAAGGAAUAUUUAUUCUUGGGCAGCCUUUUACACCAGUUUGUACUGGCAGGCAACUUUCCACUGUUAUUUUGGAGGCCGCCACAAAGGCUGUGCAGAGGCUACACUAACUUUUCACGUGUUUUCCAAACAUGACAGCAACAGCUGACUUUUGUACUGUCCCUGUGCUCUUGGAAAAGUGGUCAUGGGAUUUGGUAAUUAAAUGGCAAUCAUUGCAUUUUGAAAUAUG